UUACUGAACCGAUUUAUUAAUUUUCAAACGUCAACGUUUAGCGGGAAACUCCCAAGGAACGCGUUUCACACGGUGUCGAAAUUAGAGUGGAGCAUUUUUGAAAACUAAUUUGGGUCGCAAGAGCGGAAAAAGUGCGGAUAAUGGAGACGAGUGGUACAGCGAAUGGUAGGGACCAUCAAGAGAAUGGUGAUGCAGACCGAACCCACGAUGAACAUCAAUAUUUGGAGUUGAUCUCAAGAAUAAUUGCUAAAGGGGUAAAAAGAUCGGACCGCACCGGAGUUGGCACUCUAUCCAUUUUCGGUGGCCAAAUGCGCUUCGAUCUUCGGGACAACACAUUUCCUUUGCUGACCACGAAGCGAGUCUUCUGGCGAGGCUUGGCUGAGGAGCUCAUUUGGUUCAUACACGGUGACACAAAUGCGAAAAUACUGCAGGAUAAAAACAUACACAUUUGGGACGGUAACAGCACGCGAGAAUUUUUGGACAAAUGUGGUUUUACUGAUCGUGAGGAAGGAGAUCUAGGCCCUGUUUAUGGGUUUCAAUGGCGUCAUAUUGGUGCGGAGUAUAAAACCUGCAAAGACGACUACACGGGCCAGGGAAUUGAUCAACUGAAUGAGGUGAUUACUAGAAUCAAGACGAACCCAAAUGACCGGCGUAUUAUCAUGACCGCCUGGAAUCCGAUAGACAUCCCUAAAAUGGCACUUCCACCCUGUCAUUGUCUCGUCCAGUUCUACGUUGCGAAUGGGGAGCUUUCAUGUCAGAUGUAUCAAAGGUCGGCAGAUAUGGGGCUGGGAGUGCCUUUCAAUAUCGCGAGUUAUGCAUUGCUGACUUACAUGAUUGCCCAUGUUACCGGAUUGAAACCUGGCGACUUUGUUCACACACUUGGCGACGCUCAUGUUUAUUUAAAUCACGUUGAGCCGUUAAAAGAGCAGUUGCAAAGGGAACCACGCCCAUUUCCAAAAUUGUACAUUAAGAGAAAGGUAGAGCGAAUCGAAGAUUUUGUAUUUGAGGAUUUCGAAGUAAAGGACUACAAUCCUCAUCCUAAAAUCAACAUGGAAAUGGCGGUGUGAACGCCUGCAACUUCCAUUCAUUGUGAAUAAUAUUUUUGACGAAUUUAUAUAUGUUUAAUCAGUAUUUUGUUUAUAUACAAUAAAAGCCACUUUCAUUUA